GUAUGUUUGACAAGGACCAGUCAGGAACAAUCGAUUUCCCAGAAUUCUGCAACCUUUGGACAUACAUUCAGCAAUGGAAAGGAGUGUUUGAUCGUUACGACACAGAUCGGUCAGGUGCUAUCGAAAUGAGUGAACUGCAGACUGCUUUAAAUGACAUGGGUUACAGAGUUUCUCCAAAUUUCGUGCACCUUUUGAUAACAAGGUUAGUUGGCACUCUGCCUAAAUGGGUUUCUCUGGUAGUCUGGUUUCCUCCCACAAGCAAUGUUGACUUGUUGGCAGGAUAAAUCCAAAACUGACCCCUUCCAUCAUAGUUGUGCUCCACGAUCAGACAUGAGAUGUGGGUACUUGAAUGUUUUUUAAAGAUUUACCAUGUAUACUAUCAAUGUAAAAAUUGAACUCUUACCAUUAUUGGUUAUAAUAUUAUAGAUUUCCGAUAUGGUAAAUGGUAAAAACCAUGAUAUUUGCCAUUAAUGGUAUUUUCUAUUCCAAGUACCAUCAAGAUAAUUAUGGUAAAUAUUAAAACAUCAUAGUUUAUACUAAUUUACCAUAUGGGAAAUCUAUAAUAACCAAUAAUGGUAAGAGUUCAGUUUUUACAUUCAAAAACCCAUUAAUGGAAAAUUAUCAGAGUUGCCCUUUUUGAGACUUUGACUCGAUCAGGUUGAGCUAACGCCUUUGUAAUUCAGCUCAGCUGUAUGCUGCAAGUAAGAAUGAUUAGUACACCCUUACUUACUGACAGUGAUGGAACUAAUCUGGUAGAAGUGCGAAAAAUGCCACGAUUCUUCUGGCCCAAAAGUUCUAUUUUGCCAAAUAUCUCUGAGCGGCCUUGCCCCAUUGACAUAUAUGUGAAUGCCUAGCCCUUGGAAAAAAUGGAAACAGUUUCUCGAAACAACAUUUCGCUUUUCCAGCUAAUUAAAUUGAAGAUUUUCGAAUCUGUUCCCCUGACCCUGUUGUAGAAACAAUGUUUUCUGGUUUGUCCAACGUCUUGAAAACUGAUUCCGCAAGAAAUAGAGAUUUCUCUAUGGGAAGUGCUGUUUUCGCAAGUGUUUUAAAAUGUGUUUUCACAAAACGAGUGAAUGCAAUGAGCGAGCGAGUUUUGUGAAAACAAAAUUAACAUGUACGGAAAUACAGGGUGUUAGCUACAGUAAAAAAUUUCGCGUUAAACACGGUUUUCCCAAGUACCUUGUGGUUGCAAUUUCCCAAUUUGGGUCAGCCAAAAAAUAGUUAUAUUAUAAAUAUUCAAUUAUUUUUUCCCGAUUUUAGUUAAACGCGGAUUUUACACCCUGAAAUACAACAGAAAAGCACUUCCCAUGAAAAAGUUUUGUUUAUAUUACAAUUACUGAGCAUUGAAGUCAUAGUUAUUACAUUUAGACAUGUAUGUAGGACAGGCGCUAUAACUUGUUUUUUCAUUUUUAAUGUGACUAGUAAAUUAUGUGACUAGUUGACUAGUUACGAUAUAAAUUUGUAAAGACUUAGGCAUUCUUGGACAAUUUCAAUAAAAUAACAUUAACCUACCAUUAACCUUGCCCAAAAGGCAUAGAAUUCAUUCAAACGACAAAAAAAAAAUAUAAGCCGCUAAAUAUUAAGAAUUUACGUUCAAGCGUCGAUCAAAAAUAAAGUCCAAUUGCCUAAGGGUGGGAACAUUUCGGUCACGAGUGAAUUACCAGGGGUUUCAGAAUGAUUUGAAGUAGGCGGUUGUACCAAAAAAGUAGCCGGCUGUGACUGAUAGUUAAAAAAUCGCGCGUGGAGGGGAGCGUGCCCUCGCAUUAAAAUUUAAAAAAUUUUCGCCGCAAAUUAACAAUCAAAUAAUAUAGAAUACGUAAAAAGACAAAGUACAACUAUUAACAUGUUAGAUUUAGAUGUCAUUUGCGUUUAGGGGCGGACCAUUUGAUUUUUGAGGGAGGGGGGGUUGGAAGAUUCAGUCUGUGUAAGAAUUUUUUUCCGCCCAGGGGAAUAAGACAGAUAUUUUUUCCUGUAAAGUGCAGCGCAAGAUAUUUUUUCCCAAUAUAUUUCGCGCCAGGAUAUUUUUUUUUGCCCCUCAUAAUAACUGCUUACAGUAACUUAAGGCUUUCAUGUAGCUAUCGUCAGAGACGUUAGCCAGGGUUUUCAGUCAGAGGAGGCCGAGCCUGAAUCCCAAGAGGGGCUAAGGAAUUUUCACUGUGCUUUAUUUUAUAUGGUUAUGUCUUAAUGUUCCCCACACUAAAGCGUGCAGGUUUACUUACAAAAAAUGUAUAACUGCACCAAAACCUAAAGCAUGCAGGGAUAGAGUAGAGUAGACUGGGGGAGGUACAGUAUAUGAAUGAUCUGUAACCUUGGGGGGUUCGGGGACAUGCUCCCCCUAGAAAAAUUUAAAAUUUGAACCUCAGAAAUGCUAUUUCCUGCGUUUUCAGCCAUGGAUUCAUGCAACAACUUUGCUGUACUAAGCCUAAGGAACACUCACUGUCCUUUAUUUUAAACAAGGGAAAAUCACAAAAUGAGCUUUGAUUAAUAUGUAAUAAAACAAGAUUUCAAUAAUGCGAUUUUUAACUGCCCUCCGAAACAACAAUGUUCCACCAAAUAUAGCUCUGUAGCUUUUCAAUCGUUCAAUACUCAUACAAAUAGCUUGUUGGGGAUCGGGUUGCAUCCUCUUCAGAAAUAUUUUAAAAUCUAGACUCUCUAAACUCCAGUUUAAAAUUCCAAUUUUCGCAUUAAAAUCAUCGUAUAUACAGUACGUUCAACUUGCAUCCGGUAGAUCGGCCUUUGAAGCUUUAAUAGUUUGGAACUAUGUUAUCAAAAAACGCACACAGACUCAACCAUCCAAAAAUACUUUUUCUACCAUGCAUAUUAGAUAUGUACAUUAAAUAACUUAUAAACUUGUACAUAUCUUAAGCCCAGAUUUUCUCAGGGGGGGGGGCAACAAUUUUGCCAGGGAACGCCACUGGCUAUCGUAUGUUAUUGAAUCCAAAGGCGCCAGAAUCCCUGUGAUGUUGUCCACUGUUCACCCAAUGUUCUUUUUAGCAAAUGUGCCUGCUCAAAAAUGCAAAAUCUUGCAAGCAUGUGGACACAAUACUGAAGUGAAGAACGUCAGUAGAUUUACAUGCAGGAAUUUUUUUUUUGAGCGCUUUCUUUUGCAUGAUAUAUUUUUUCCUCGAUUGUAUGUUGCAUGAUUUUUUUUCUUUCUCCUUGGAUUGCAUGAAUGUUUUUUCCGAAAUCUUUCAACCCCCCCCCUUAAAAAUCAAAUGGUCCGCCCCUUAUACUUGUAAGUGACAAUGUACUUUAAUGUACUACUUAUAGUUUAAUUUUUACAGCUGCAUGAACAGAAUGACAAUGUACACUACAAUAAUAGUAAUUAUUUUAUGAGUCCGAAAUCAUUAAUCAAAUGAUGUUAUAUUUAUGUACGUAAUGAACUUCACUUCACCACUUCUUCUUUCUUUUGCUAUGUUUGGUACUAUGUAUUAUAAUUUAUCUUAUUGAUCUUCCAAAAGAAGUGAUGUUUUGCUUGAAUUCAGGGCUUGAAUUUUUUCACGGCAAUUACUGUAGAGGGAGAACAAAAUGCUGUGGAUCAUUGCGGCAAUGACGGCAAUUUUUUGCCGUAUAGUAUUUUUAAACUCAUGUUCACUGUGCAUUACUAUUUUGAUACUUGAAUUCAGAUGUUGAUCAAAUCAUCCGUAAAUUACUAUUUUAGUCUCAGUUUUGUUCGAAAAAAAAAACACUAAAGAAAUACGUAAACUGGCAUGUUUCUAGCUUGUCAGCAAUCCAAAGUCUGUACAAUAAAGUUAAAUUUUUAUUACAGCAAUUUGAAAACAAAAAUGCCGUGGAAACUCACAAAAUUGCCGUAGACAGCUGUUACGUUCUACGGCAAUUUUUAACGCCAUUGCCUUCAAUUGAUUUCAGGGAAAUUCGAGGCCAACUUGAAUUCCAAUUGGAACAUAACAAACAUUGUGUUGGUUCGCUUGUACUUUUGUAUAUAAAAUUUUUCCUGUGACCUGACGAAAAGUAGGCGGCGGUAAAAGUUCAAGUAGCCGGCGGAACUCCGCCGGCCGCCGGCUUAUUCUGAAACCCCUGGAAUUACAGAUACGUCAUCGUCUAUCAUUUCAUUGGACGAAGCUUUUUGUGUCACAUUCGGAUUGGCUAAUCUCAGUGGUGUCGCAAGACUGAAAUAGUAUUAUAUAUUAUAAUAUAUACUGUACUAUAUUAUAAUACUAUAUGUAUAUAAUAUUGGAAAUACAACAAAUUUUUCCUAAUGUAAUAAGAUUGGCAUUAUUCUACAAUUAAAACGCAGCUACUGUUCCAAUUUUUUCCCUUAUUUUAGUUUCUUUAUAUCCAGGUCUGGAUGCAUGGUAUUCUGGUUAAUGAGCCCUAUAGUGAUUGUAUCUUCUUGUUUUAAUAUGAUGGGAACAUCACUUAAAAUGCAGAAAAUCGUUUUUAGGAGACCCUAGAAUAAAACAAAUUAUGUCUCGCGAGGCCUCCCAUGUGAGCCCUCGUUGUUAAGACUACACCACUGGCCUGCCUCGUACCCAGACGUGAGCCACAUUAUUCUCUCGCCGCUUUUCCAUUCUCUCGCCGCUUUUCCAUUCUCUCGCCGCUUUUCCAUUCUCUCGCCGCUUUUCCAUCUGCUUUUCAUCUACUUUCCUUUCGCGUUCGCGCUGUAAGAGACCAAGAGACGCCUGUGGAGGAGGCAGACCACUGGCUAAUCUGCAUUGCAAAAUGAGUUUUCGCAUACGCAAAUCCAUUGGCAAACCCAUGCAGUAUCUAUGUAUAUAAUAAUACAUAUUUCAAUUUGACAAGUAUUUAACUUUUUUUCAUAUUAUGUAGGUUCGACACAGUGGCACGUCGAAGUAUGAAACUAGACAGUUUCAUUCAAUGCUGUGUGAUGCUUCGGCUUUUAACCGAUGCCUUCCGUCGGCGGGAUGCCAACCAAAAUGGUGUUAUUAACGUUAGUUACGAGGACUUCAUGUGCAUGGUGAUUGAAAACAAAACAUAGACUCAUGAAUGAGACAUAAACUUAAUGCUGUACACUUCACAAACUUGUACACACUCAAUUCAGUCAAUUUCAACGUAUAUUCUUGUCAGUAAACUGUAAAUGGAAUAUGGUCAAAAAUAAGUCACAAGUAUUUCUGUUAUAUAUUGUAAUUGGAUGUAAUAGAUGUAUCACUGAAUAUUCCACUAGGAAUUUAAUGUCUAAUGUAUUGUAUUGUAAUAACCAGUAUGAAUGAUGUGAUACAUGUUGAGUUACAAACCUUUGGUCAAUUUGUAGAAUUCUGCAAAUCUCAAACCCUGCACUAUGUUAGGUAGUGGUAUAGUUAUGGAGGCUGGGGCCGGGUGGCAACUGGCAAGGCGUGGUAGCAAUUCUUAUUUUAGUGGGGUUUUUUUAAGAUUCUGACAUAGCAAAGCCACUGCAUGUUAGAAUCAGUUAGAAUCACAUAAAUAAAGGUAAGAUAAUACUGCAGUAAUCAAGUACAGAUUACUAAAAUCAUUAUUGUAUCAUUUCAAAACUACUGUUACAAAGAACUUUCCAGGUUAUGAUUAUGCAAUUUAAGCUAUACACUGCUGUAUACGACCUUGGUACGGCAGGGGCGUUGCUAGCCCUGUUUUAAUGGAGGAGUGUAAGUGCAAUUUUGCC